CCCAGAGAACCAUCAGAUGAGAAAUCAGGGGGAAGAUGUGACUGAUAUUAAAGUGGAGGAUGAAGAAGAGCGGAUGAUGGGCGAUCCCCCGUGUAAGAGUGAGGUGGAGGAGGACCUUCCAGACCAUGUGACCACAGGAAAUCUCAGUAAGAACAUCAUAUUAUCUCUCCAUUAUAAAGUAGAUGAUGAAGGUAUCGUGCAGCGCUCUUCAGGAGAAAUCCUCACUACCCAUAAUGUACACCCAGGACCUCACAGUACAGAUCUAUCACAUGAUCAUGAGGAACCUGCUGACCAAUCACAGAUUGCUACCACAAGUACCAGGCAGAAUGGGGGUGAAAGGUUUCAAUGUGAUGAAUGUGGGAAACAGUAUUCAUGCAGAUCAGUCCUUGUCAGACACAGAAGACUUCACACUGGAGAGAAGCUGCAUUCAUGUUCAGAAAGUGGGACAUGCUUUACAAGGAGAUCCGAUUUUGUUGCACAUAAGAGAAUCCACACAGUAGAAAAGAAAUAUUCAUGUCCUGAAUGUGGGAAAUGUUUUCCAAGAAAAUCAUUUCUUGUUAUACAUGAGAGAAAUCACACAGGAGAGAGGCCAUUUUCAUGUUCGGAAUGUGGAAAAUGUUUUAUAUGUAAAUCAAAUCUUGAUAAACAUCAAAGAAUUCACACAGGAGAGCAGCUGUAUUCAUGUUCAGAAUGUGGAAAAUGUUUUACAAGGCGAUCAGAUUUUGUUAAACAUGAAAGAAUCCACACAGGAAAGAAGCUGUAUUCUUGCCCAGAAUGUGGGAAAGGCUUUAUCUUUAAAUCACAACUUAUAAUGCAUGAGAGAAUUCACACAGGAGAGAAGCCAUUUAUAUGUUCAGAAUGUGGGAAAUGUUUUACAAAUAAAUCUGAUCUUGUUAGACAUAAGCGAUGUCACACCAGAGAAAAGCCAUAUUCUAGUUUAGAAUCUGGGAAAUGUUUUACAGAAAAGUCAAAUCUUAAACUGCCUGAGCGAAACCACACAGGAGAGAAGCCAUAUUCAUGCCCAGAAUGUGGGAAAGGUUUUAGAGAUAAAUCGGGUCUUAAAAUACACGAGAGAAGCCAUACAGGAGAGAAGCCGUAUUCAUGCCUGGAAUGUGGGAAAUGUUAUGUGCUUAAAUCACAGCUUAUAAUACAUGAGAGAAUCCACACAGGAGAGGAGCCAUAUUCAUGUUCAGAAUGUGGGAAAUGUUUUAGAGAUAAAUCAAAUCUUAAAAUGCACAAGAGAAGCCACACAGGAGAGAAGCCAUAUUCAUGUCCAGAGUGUGAGAAAUGUUUUAUGUAUAAAUCAAAUCUUGUUAUACAUAAGAGAAGUCACACAGGGGAGAAGCCAUAUUCAUGUUUAGAAUGUGAGAAAAGUUUUAGAAACAAAUCAAAUCUUAUUAAACAUAAGAGAAGUCACACAGGAGAGAAGCCGUAUUCAUGUCCAGAAUGUGGGAAAUGUUUUAGAGAUAAAUCUAAUCUUAUUAAACAUGAGAGAAGUCACACAGGAGAGAAGCCAUAUUCAUGUCCAGAAUGUGGAAAAUGUUUUAGAAAUAAAUCAAAUCUUGCUAGACAUGAGAGAAUUCACACAGGAGAUAAGUUAUAUCCAUGUUUCAAAUGUGGGAAAUGUUUUACGCAUAAAUCAAGUCUUAAAAUACAUCAGAGUUGUCACAUAGGAGAGAAGCCGUAUUCAUGUUCAGAAUGCGGGAAAUGCUUUAGAGAUAAAUCACAUCUUUUAAUACACGAGAGAAUCCACACAGGAGAGAAGCCAUAUUCAUGUUCAGAAUGUAGGAAAUGUUUUACACAAAAAUCACAUCUUGUUAAACAUGAGAAGUCACACUUAAGAGAAGUCAUAUUAAAAAUAAGAAUCCUAAUUGCAAAGCUUGUAGUAUAAUGACAAGUUAAUCAGGUAUCAGCCAUGGAUUACUUAUCCAGCAUACUGUGCCUUAUUUAGACUGAGUGUAUAUAUGUAUACCCGUUACACGCAGUCUUAGUCAUUUGCCAUUACAUUUAUGCAUAUUUUGCUUAUCUAUUUUUUUUGUUUUUCUGUAUAUUUGUUGGUGGCCAACCCCUGAGUGUCUUCCAGUAAUCAGAACCGUGUGAUCUUCUCUCUUGUUAUAAAUAAAGGGACUGAGAG